UUUCAUGAUUUCAUUUGCUAUAUCUAACCAUUGACUGACUUUUCUUCACAGCUACUUCAUUUUUAUUUAUUUUUUUCUGGAUCAAUCAUCAUGGUUGUUCUUACUGAAAUCCCACAAGGCCAUGAAUACGAUGUGUUUUUAAGUUUUAGAGGUACCGACACUCGUAAUAAUUUCACUGAUCACCUACACAAGGCUCUUCUGGAUGCCAAUAUCGACACAUUUCUGGAUGAUGCCGAGAUCCAAACCGGAGAAGAUCUGAAACCCGAACUGGAGAACGCGAUCAAAUCGUCGAGAGCUUCUGUUAUCGUGCUGUCCGAAAAUUACGCUACUUCCACUUGGUGUCUUGAUGAGCUGGCAUUGAUUCUGGAACAACGUAGGACAUGCAAACAUAUUGUGAUUCCGAUAUUCUAUCAUGUGAAGCCUACUGAUGUGAGGAAGCAACAAGGUAGUUUCGGAGAUGCGAUGAGACAGCAUAAAAACAAGAUGGAGGCGGAAACUGAUGCAGAGAGAAAAAGUCAACGGGCUCAGAAGAUGGAGAAAUGGGAAAAAGCACUUGUAGAAGUUGCUGAUUUAAAAGGGGUGGAAGCAAAUGGCACCAGAAAAGAGACAAUUCUUAUCGAAGGAAUUAUUAAAGAGAUUAGUGGCAGAUUAGAUCUACACAAAAGGAGUGAAAUCCCACAUAUAAUUGGGUUGGAGUCUUCGAUUCGAGAAAUCACUUCAUUUUUGAAAGAUGAAUCCUAUCAAAACACUGAAAUUCUUACUAUAUGGGGAAUGGCUGGAAUUGGAAAGACAUAUUUGGCAAACUAUGUCUUUCAGUUGCACUAUCAACACUUUGAAAGAAGCUGCUUUCUUGAAGAUAUUGAAAGGAAGUGUAUACAACCAGAUGGAUUGCUUGAUUUACAAAAACGGCUUCUUAAAGACAUUCGAGAUGGAAGUUGGAUGGAGGUACGUAGCACUGAUGUGGGUACCUCUAGGAUCGAGAAAAUGCUACUUAGGAAAAGAACUCUUCUAGUUCUAGAUGGUAUAGAUAAGUAUGAGCAGUUGGAUAUGUUACUUGGCACAAAAGGCCUUCAUCGGGGAAGCAAAGUUAUAGUAACAUCUAAAAGUGAGUUACUAACUGAAAAGUGUAGGUUGUUUGAAACAAGAGUUCCACCAAAUCAUAAAAUGCACUUUCUUAAUGGUUUGAGUGAGAAGGAAUCACUGCAGCUUUUAAGUUGGCAUGCCUUUGGGCGCAAUGAACCUAAAGAAGAUGACAUAAAGGAGUCAAUGAGGGUUGUUAGGUAUUGCCAAGGACACCCAUUGGCUCUUAAAGUUUUGGGUAGCUGUGUACGUAGUGAAGAUGCCACAUGGGAAGAUAUCUUAGAAUCAUUAGGGAAAAAUGACAUUUACCCUGAUAUUCAAAAGGUCCUCAAAAUAAGUUUCAACUCUUUGCCAUCUGACAAUGACAGGGAUAUGUUUAAGUACAUUGCUUGCUUUUUUGUUGGAGAAGAUCGAGAGUUUACUGAAGAAAUACUAAAAUCUUGUAAAAUAUGCAAAUCAUCCGGGAUCAAGAUUCUAAUAAAUAGAUGCCUUCUCAAAGUAAGAUCCACAAAUGAGUUGGAGAUGCAUCAACUUCUUCAAGAUAUGGGGAGAGAUAUAGUCCAUCAAGAAUAUCCUAAGAAGCCAUGGAAGCGUAGUCUAUUAUGGCGCCACGAGGAGUGUGUGGAUGUGUUGCAAAAGACGCAGGGAACCGUGCUAAUUCGAGGGUUUGUCCUUGACAUGAAACCAUGUAACAAUGGAACUUCAUGUGAGUCAUAUGAAACCAAUAUGCGAAAGUUUAAAUUUAGAUCAUUGCGAUCACUCAAUUGGGUUUACAUUCUUCUCUCACUUAUUUGGUGGUUAUAUGGUUGGGUUUCGAGAAUAUUCCAUUAUUCAUUUCAUAAUAGCAAAGGUGGCUUUGAGACACUUGCUUUUAGUAAGAUGUGUGAUCUAAGACUGCUCCGACUGAACUAUGUACAACUCAAUGGAUCAUACAAGGAUUUUCCUGCUGGUUUAAGAUGGAUGUGCAUGCAUGGAUUCCCUUUGAGUUAUAUACCUUCAGAUUUACAAAUGAAGGAUAUAGUUGCACUUGACCUGUCCAAUAGCAAACUACAACGUCUUUGGAAGAAGCCCAUGUUGCUGGGGUCACUCAAGUUUCUUAAUCUCAGCAAUUGUUGUGAGCUUGUUACUGUGGAUCAUUUGUCUGGAUUCCCUCUACUUAAAAGGUUAAUACUCGCAGGAUGUACCAGUCUAGUUCAGGUCUGUGAAUCAAUCGGGAACCAUUGUGAUAGACUUGAAAUGUUUGACACGAGUGGAUGCAAUAAGCUGAGAAAGCUUCCAAGAAGCAUAGGAAAGUUAAAGAGGCUUAGAAUACUAUUAUUAGAUGGUUGUUCAGUUCAUGCUGAAUUUCCAUAUGAGAUAAAAGAAAUGAAGUCACUAGAAGUGCUACAUGCUCACAAUAUUCGCAUAGAAUCUGGCCAUAGGUCUCCCUCUGCUAUUGUGAUACCACGAAGUUUAAAGACAGUUUUAUUUUCUCUACCAAGAUCGUUAGUAAGAUUGUCCCUUAUAAAUAAUAAUUUGUCUAAUGAAUCCUUCCCAAAGGAUUUUAGUAGCUUGUCGAUGUUGGAUAUUCUGGAUUUAUCUGAGAAUCCAAUUGAUUUCCUGCCUGACUGUGUGAGAAGCCUUAGCAGGUUGAAUUCACUUGGUUUACACAAAUGUUGUAGGCUAAAAACGGUCUUGUCUGUGCCAAACACAAUAACCGAUUUGAGUACGCAUCAUUGUCCCUCAUUAGAGAGAAUAACAUUUUAUCCAGAAAGAUCAGCACCACGAGAUGUCACUUAUUUCGACAAUGAUUCUUUGAAAGAGAUUCAGGACAUGUUUAAAUUGGAAAAUUUGGCACAAAUAGAUGAAGAAAUACUAUAUAGUUUGGGCUGGACUAAUAAAGAUUAUCUGAGUUAUUAUAAAAUUUCAAUUGCGGAUGAUAGCGGAUAUUAUCAUUACACAGGAAAAAUAGUCCCCACACAGAUGCUUUAUGAACGUGGAAUAUUCAGCACAUAUAUUAAAGGGCAUGAGGUUCCCAAGUGGUUCACGCAGAGAAGCAACGGGAAUAUAUUUACCUUGGAGUCAUCUCCUAACAGUUGUAGGAUUUGUGGGUUAAACGUAUGUGUUGUAAGUGCAAUUUCAAACCCGACAGAAGUUGGCCCUUCAAGAAUUGAAAUAAGGAAUUUGACAAAGAACUGCUCGUGGACUUACCAACCUAUGAUAUUUGCACACCCCGAAGAUCAUGAGUUUGAAGAUGUUGAUGAUGUUGAGGUAUGGUUAAGCCAUUGGAUGUUCAGGAACAACGAGUUUGAAGAUGGUGAUGAAGUUUGUAUUUACUUUAGUAAAAAGUUCAAGUAUAUUCAUAAAGAAGAUUAUGUUAUUUAUGGUGGGGAUGGACCAGAUUAUGGAAAUGUAAGGGAGUAUGGUAUUAGCCUUGUGUAUGAUGAUGGGAACAAAAAAGAAGAUCCUUUGGCUUAUUAUAAGUCAUGGAAUCACAUCCUCGGUCGUGACCUGUCUGUUGCUGAAGUAUCCUCAGGUCAUUACCUUUUAAAGCAACGGUCAUUCUGGGGUGAAUACCUUUCUACCCGAAUUAUCUCAGAUUAAACCCCAAUUAUUGGUCUCAAACUCUCUCAAUGCCCUAAAAUUUCAAUGAAGCUGACCCAAACCUCAAAUCAAAUUGGCAUCGUUAAUGAGUAUGGACAUUGGCAAGUCUAAUGGUAUUCAUUCAUAUCAGCAAGCCAACGCCAUGAAACAAACUCAUAUGAACAAACAGACCAGGGACUAUGUAAGCUUAUUAUUAAGCACACUAAUUUAACUCUCUUGCAGCAAGAUUCUUGUAUCAAGCCAAAAUGGACUUUUUGUAAUAAUAUCAUAAAAUGAAGUUCAUAUGACUUAGACAA